GCUUAUCUAAUAUCCAUGUUGUAUGCCUUCUUUCCUUUGGUGGAGCAGAUCCGAACAUUAGGAAUGUUAAGAUCCCGAUUUCAGUCAUUACCUGGUGCCUUUAAUGCCCGUCUAGUUCCAGUGGAGAAGCCUGAUGAGAAACAAAAGAAGGGUUUAAAGGCUUCUUUGCCCCGCAGAUUUGCUCAGAUGCCUAAUGUUGAUAAGGAGAAGCAAGCAGCUAGAUUCGCACAGAUGUGGAACAAAAUAAUUACUAGUUUCCGAAAGGAAGAUCUUAUAAGCAACAGGGAAAUGGAAUUGCUACUCGUUCCGUAUGUGGCAGAUCGUGCUUUAGACCUUAUACAGUGGCCUCCCUUCUUGCUUGCCAGUAAGCUCCCAAUAGCACUGGAUAUGGCUAAAGAUAGCAAUUGCAAAGAUCGUGAGCUAAGAAAGAGACUUGAGGCUGAUAGUUACAUGGAUUGUGCUGUUCGUGAAUGCUAUGCUUCAUUUAAAAACAUCAUCAAGUACCUAGUUGAGGGUGAACAAGAGAAAAAGGUUAUAAAUAUCAUAUUUGAUGAAGUUGACAGUUGUAUAGAAGAUGGUAAACUUAUAAGUGAUGUGAACAUGCGAGCUCUUCCUGCUCUCUAUGACCAAUUCGUCAAGUUAAUACAAUAUUUGCUGGAUAACAGGCAAGAAGACAGGGGUCAGGUUGUCAUUCUUUUCCAAGACAUGCUAGAGGUUGUGACAAGGGAUAUAAUGGAAGAACAACUUUCUAGUCUCCUGGACUCUAGUCAUGGAGGUUCAUAUGGAAGGUAUGAGGGCAUGAAACCUUUGGAUGAACAGUAUCAGUUAUUUGCAUCAGCUGGGGCUAUCAAAUUUCCUGUGCCAGUAACAGAUGCUUGGAUAGAGAAGGUUAAAAGGCUUGAUCUACUGCUUACUGUGAAGGAAUCUGCAAUGGAUGCACCAACCAACUUAGAAGCGCGAAGGCGUAUUUCUUUCUUUAGCAAUUCUUUGUUUAUGGAUAUGCCUGAUGCACCAAAAGUUCGUAACAUGCUUUCAUUCUCUGUGCUGACACCAUACUAUAAUGAGGAUGUACUUUUCUCUUUGAAUAAUCUUGAGGAGCCAAAUGAAGAUGGAGUUUCCAUUAUUUUCUAUUUGCAGAAAAUUUAUCCAGACGAAUGGACCAACUUCCUUGAACGGGUUGGAUGUAAAUCAGAGGACGAACUCCGGGGUAGUGAUGAACUGGAAGAGGAGCUUCGUUUGUGGGCAUCUUACAGAGGCCAAACAUUAACUCGAACUGUUAGAGGUAUGAUGUACUAUCGGAAAGCUCUGGAACUUCAAGCAUUCCUGGACAUGGCCAAAGAUGAAGAUCUUAUGGAAGGUUACAAAGCAGCUGAGUUGAUGUCGGAAGAACAUUCAAAACUGGAAAGAUCCUUGUGGACCCAAUGUCAAGCUGUAGCUGACAUGAAGUUCACCUAUGUGGUAUCUUGUCAGCAGUAUGGUAUUCAUAAGCGGUCUGGUGAUCAUCAUGCCCAAGAUAUUCUGAAGCUCAUGACUACGUAUCCAUCUCUCCGUGUAGCAUAUAUUGAUGAGGUUGAAGAAACUGGGAAAGAUAAGAAGAUAGAGAAGGUUUACUACUCUGCCUUAGUAAAGGCUGCUCUAUCUAACGUUGAUAAUCCUGCUGACCCAGUGCAAAAUCUUGACCAGGUUAUUUAUCGGAUAAAGCUUCCAGGCCCUGCAAUUCUGGGUGAAGGAAAGCCUGAAAAUCAAAACCAUGCCACAAUUUUUACUCGCGGAGAAGGUCUACAGACUAUUGACAUGAACCAGGAUAACUACAUGGAGGAGGCGCUUAAAAUGAGGAACUUAUUGCAAGAGUUUUUGAAGAAACACGAUGGUGUUAGAUAUCCAUCAAUACUUGGAGUUAGAGAGCAUAUAUUCACUGGCAGUGUUUCUUCUCUUGCAUGGUUUAUGUCGAACCAGGAGACUAGCUUUGUGACUAUUGGACAACGUUUACUUGCAAACCCUUUAAGGGUUCGCUUCCACUAUGGUCAUCCGGACAUAUUUGAUAGGAUUUUCCAUAUCACCAGGGGUGGAGUUUGUAAAGCAUCCAAGAUUAUUAACCUCAGUGAAGACAUAUUUGCAGGUUUCAACUCGACUCUUCGUCAAGGUAGUGUUACACAUCAUGAAUACCUGCAAGUUGGUAAGGGAAGAGAUGUCGGCCUAAACCAGAUCUCAUUAUUCGAAGCAAAGAUAGCAGAUGGAAAUGGUGAGCAAACCCUGAGUCGUGACAUAUACAGGCUUGGACACCGUUUUGACUUCUUUAGGAUGCUGUCAUGCUACUUUACCACUGUGGGUUUUUAUUUUAGUACCCUGGUGACAGUUCUCACUGUCUAUGUUUUCCUCUAUGGGCGCCUUUAUCUUGUCCUAAGUGGACUAGAAGAAGGCCUUGCAACUGGUAGAAGGUUUAUUCAUAACCAGUCCCUUCAGGUUGCUCUCGCCUCCCAGUCCUUUGUGCAGCUUGGCUUUCUGAUGGCCCUCCCAAUGAUGAUGGAAAUUGGCCUAGAAAAAGGGUUCCGCAAAGCCCUAAGUGAAUUCAUACUGAUGCAGCUACAACUAUCAUCUGUAUUCUUCACAUUUUCUCUUGGAACUAAAACCCACUACUAUGGAAGAACCUUACUUCAUGGAGGUGCUGAAUACAGACCCACGGGUCGUGGAUUCGUGGUCUUCCAUGCUAAGUUCGCAGACAACUACAGGCUUUACUCUCGAAGUCAUUUCAUAAAGGGCAUUGAGCUAAUGAUUCUGCUAGUCGUCUACCAAAUCUUUGGCCAGUCAUAUAGGUCGACGAUUUCGUACAUUUUCAUCACAAUAUCUAUGUGGUUUAUGGUAGGGGCAUGGCUUUUUGCGCCUUUUCUAUUUAAUCCCUCAGGAUUCGAGUGGCAAAAGAUUGUUGAUGACUGGACUGAUUGGAACAAGUGGAUCACCAACCGCGGCGGGAUUGGUGUGCCUCCACAAAAAAGCUGGGAGUCGUGGUGGGAGAAGGAGCAUGAACAUCUGAAGUACUCUGGAACACGCGGAAUUUUGGCUGAGAUUGUGUUAUCGCUGCGUUUCUUUAUUUACCAAUACGGCCUUGUCUAUCACUUAAGCAUAACCAAAAAGACCAAAAGUGUCUUGGUUUAUGGUAUCUCAUGGCUUGUAAUUUUGGUGGUACUGCUGGUUAUGAAGACUGUGUCUGUCGGGAGGCGGAGAUUCAGCGCAAACUUCCAGCUAGUUUUUCGACUGAUCAAGUUUUUGAUAUUUGUAACAUUUGUUACCAUCUUGAUCACUCUAAUCGCCCUUCCUCACAUGACAGUGCAAGAUAUUCUCGUGUGCUUCCUAGCUUUCUUGCCUACUGGAUGGGGAUUGCUUCUGAUAUCUCAGGCUUGUAAGCCUCUAGUUCGACGGGCCGGGCUAUGGGGAUCGGUACGCGCCCUAGCACGUGGCUACGAGAUCAUGAUGGGUUUGCUUCUCUUCACCCCCAUUGCCUUUCUAGCUUGGUUCCCAUUUGUUUCCGAGUUUCAAACUCGCAUGCUGUUUAACCAAGCCUUUAGCAGAGGCCUGCAAAUUUCUCGUAUCCUCGGUGGGCAGAAGAAAGACCGCCCAUCUCGCGCCAAGGAUUGAUCUGGUAUAUUUAUAAGGUGCAUUUCUCCUUUCAAUUCCAGGAUCGUCGGAUUUUGAACCCCCUUUUUUUUAUGUAGCACAAUUGUAUAUCUCUUGUAAUUAUAAGAAUGGACUAAAGCUGUUACAAUUCGGACUAAAAUUAUUUCUUCAGGAAAGUUACAUAUGAAAGUGUGUAAAGUA